GGCCGGGACGUAGCGUUGAGUCCUGACGCUUCACCGGGACGCCUACGCAUCGUGAGGGCGCGCCCCGGGCGGCAUCGCAGCACCAUGUUGUGCCGGGUGGCGAGCGGCUGGAGCUGGAGGCUGGCCCCAGCCGUGGGAGCGCUGGGCUCCCGGCAGAAGCACAGCCUGCCCGACCUGCCCUACGAUUACGGCGCCCUGGAGCCCCACAUUAACGCCCAGAUCAUGCAGCUGCACCACAGCAAACACCACGCCGCGUACGUGAACAACCUGAACGUCACCGAGGAGAAGUAUAACGAGGCUCUGGCAAAGGGUGAUGUUACAACUCAGGUAGCUCUCCAGCCUGCACUGAAGUUCAAUGGUGGAGGUCAUAUCAACCAUACCAUUUUCUGGACCAACCUGAUCCCCAACGGUGGUGGAGAACCCAAAGGGCAGUUGCUGGAGGCUAUCAAGCGUGACUUCGGUUCCUUCGACAAGUUUAAGGAGAAGCUGACAGCCGUAUCUGUUGGUGUUCAGGGUUCCGGCUGGGGUUGGCUUGGUUUCAACAAGGAGCGGGGACACUUACAAAUUGCUGCUUGUGCUAACCAGGACCCCCUGCAAGGAACAACAGGUCUUAUUCCACUGCUGGGAAUUGAUGUGUGGGAGCAUGCGUACUAUCUGCAGUAUAAAAACGUCAGACCUGAUUAUCUAAAAGCAAUUUGGAAUGUAAUCAACUGGGAGAAUGUAACUGAAAGAUACAUGGCUUGCAAAAAAUAAGACCUCUCUAUGAUACUGAGCCGAUUAAGCUCUAUGUGACAAUUUUGUAGUAGUAUAGAGAACGGCACUAUGUCAAAGCUGCUUUAUUGUAGCAUUUCGUAAAUGAUGCAUAUUCAAGUAUUUGAUAAGUAGAAUUUAAUGCUAUGAACAUUUUAUUUUUUUGGAAUUUUGUUAUGGGCAACUGAAACUAUGGGAUGCUUUGUAUGAUGUCAUCUUGCGAUUGCACGCUCUCUUCGGAGAGCUACGGUGGCCUGGGCAGUGACAAUUGUCAGCAUGAAAGGCAUCCCUGGAUGGAGUGGGCCAGGGGGGACGUCCUUCUGGUCCUGUUCUGCUGAAGCUACACCCUAGCAGUCAGGCCCACCCGAGGGGAAUGACUCCGUUUUCUGUGAAAAGUUGCCUUUUCUGUCAGCAGUCCUCUGUCUGCUGUAACUUCGGUGGCUCUCACCUGUGGUCUUUCUGAUCGAUGGCCACGUGCUUUCACUUGAAGAAGAAAUUUUUAAAAGAUAGCUUGAUGGCAAAUUGAGAACUGCCGUAGUCUAGGAAAGUGGUUGUGCUUUUGAGUUUUUCAAAUAUGAGAACUUUGUCCUCAACGUAGACAUAUUGUAUAAAAGUGCUCAAAGUGGAGAAAUUCAGGCCUUGUUGAUUAAAAUCUGUGAGUGGUUGUGAGCAGGGAUGUUUCUGGCCUGGCACUCGCCCCCUCUUCUCCCCUCCCUCCCUCCCUCCCUCCCCAAGGCCACAUCAGUGCCCCUCAUUUCUAGCACAGCCCUCCAUGGAGAGGCUAGACAGACCUCAGGAGGAGGCCCCUGCGCGCUUCCCUUGGGAAGGAUUCUUUUCGAAGACUUGAUGUGGUGUUUCUGUUCCUUGUGGUUGCUUUUCUGAGUAUUUUUAAAACCAUAUGAUCACGACAGGAACUUGAUGUCGCGCUCUUUUUCUAGGAAAGGAGAAAUGUAGCCAUCAGUCAGUGGCGCGGCUUUCCCACUGUGCGCUGUCUGGUCUUUGCAGACGGAGCUGCAGCCUGCUCUGUGGGCAUGCAGUAAGGAUUCCUUUUGGGUCUGGUUCCCGUCUUGCAUUCCUCCAUGCUGUCCACCGGCGUCCAAGUGAUUAUGACUUCUGUAUGAAGUUAGCCUGUUUUUCACCUCUCCUUUAGAACCGCUCAGGCCAGUGUGCAGGUGUGUUGGGCAAACAAUUUGGAGGUGUUUUAAGGCCGUGACCCUUCCUCCUCUUUUACAGGAAAACCCCUAUUGUAAUUCAACACAUGUAGAGAAACAUCCUGCAUAUAGUUGCAUGUCCCAUCGCAUCAAAACAGUGAUGAUCCCAGUUUUAAAACCCUUGUGUUUGUGGUUCUUUUAUUAUAAAUUGUUUUCAUUGAUGUCUAACUCCCCCCCCCAUUGGACCUGCAUUUAUUUUCCUGAGUCCCGUUCCUGGCUGUGUCAUUUGUUCCCAGUGGCUACAGAGAGUGCUAUUAGGGGUGUUCUUCAAACUGUGUAAUGACGGGAUGUCUUCUCAGUUUCAUAUUUCUGUUUUCAGUCCCCCUUGCCCCAAAGUAAUUUUGCUAUUUCUUCCUCCCAUGGAAAAAUGGAGCAACAUGGAAGUUUCAAUAUUGAAGUUUAAAAUAUAUAUUUUAAAUUUAAGGUAGUUUUUAAUUAGAAUUCAGUUAGAAAAGUAUUUAGGUGUUCAGCAUUGUCAGCAGUGCUGAGUGUGUGUGUGUGUGUGUGUGUGUGUGUGUGUGUGUGUGUUUUGAACAAAUGGGAGGCUAUGAUUGCCAUCCUCGAUAUACCACAGCUACAUGACUUUCAUGGAGCUUGAAUGAGAGUCAUGAGAUUACUGCUUGUCUGUAUUAAAUAGACCAUCUAGACAACUCAGGCCCUUUUGAAAGUGGGCCUUUGAAUACAAGUAGUAAUCUGCUAGACUGUGGCUUGCAUGGAACUAACUAAUAUGCUGAGUUUUCUGAGUUCCAUAAAGCUCUCUGGGUCCGACUAAGCUUAAGCUUACAAUAAUAUUCAAUAUUGAAAUUUCUCAAGUGCACUCUAUUUCUGCUUUGACAUGAUGGUGAGAACAGUGGAAAGAAAGGGAAGGGGUGUGGCUUCAGCAGGGCAUUGUCCCUCCUCACCAAUCAUACCCUGACGAUCCCAACAAGCUAUGAUCACUUGCUAAUUGUCCAGUGGAAAAAUGAGAUUUGAAAUUUUCUGUCUAGCCCUGGUAUUCAUAAAAGAAAAGAGAAGAAAGUAUGAAAUGGUAAUUUCUUCCAGAAGAACAAAGAAUGCUGCCGGGGGAGUUUUUUUGCCCAGCGCAGCACACCCACGUCCUACGUACGUGCCAGAGAGCCUUACUGUGAGGCGUGCUGGAAGGAAGCGAGGGCACCCUGCACAUCCUCCUGUGAGAGCUGUGUGGCUUGAACUGUGUAGUCAUCAUACACUCUCGGUGAAAAAGUACCAACGUCAUUGCACACUCACGAUCUUAGGAUAAGGUUUGGAUUUCUAUUGAGCACCUUUUAAAAACAAAGGAGCCAUAAAAUGUAGAUAGAGGUAUAUUGUGAGUCAUCAGAAACUACAUAAAUAGAAGCUUUAUUUUGUUUUAAUUUCAGGGAACUUGGUGAGUAUGAGGAAUUAAUGAAUAUUGAUAGAUAACUUUUUCCCAUUGUACCUUAACGAUCUCAGCAAACUAAUGUUCUGGCUUCUAAGGUGUGCUUCACACCAAGGGCAGCCCCCCCCCCCCAAAACUAAGGUUCUGAGUCAUUUCCAGUUACUUGUUCAGGAAGGAACAUUUAUUUUCCUACCGGUGUGAAGUGUUUUGACUGCUAAUAAAAGAAUCUAUCAGUCCUCAAAA